AUGCGACAUCGACUGAUAACCACAGCAUUCGUGCUGCCAAUGGUAGCAAAUUUUAUUGUUGUUCAAGCACUCAAUUAUCGAUGUGAUAAUAAUCAAGUUGUUAUCGUACAAGGUUUUGGUAAUGACUCAAUACGAAUGCAUUGUCAAAAUCUGAAUUUAUGUGGUCAUACGAAGUUGCGAUGCUCAUACGAUUCAUCACAACCGCUCUGCGGUGGUAAAUCAAACUUCGUGGCACAAGUCUCACAAUCGACACCCACUGCGCCUCUUCCCUCCCGCACCAUCCUCUCACCUCGUGUAUUAUUUUUCAGCAUUGCACACACAUGUUGUGAUAUUCAAUCGUGGAAUGGUGACAGCACGGUGCUGCGAUCACAUUUGGGCAAUGAUUGCUUUGUUUACGAAUUGCCCGACGUUGAUAACAAGCUGUCAUCGGCUGAAAUGGGGCUCAACAUGAACAGCAAUGAGCAUGAGGAUCAUUCAAAAACACAGGACGAUGAAUAUACGCUAUUGAAAUUAGCCAAUCAACUGCCCGAUAAUUUCGAAAAUUACAGUGGAUAUCGUUUGCGAUUGUUUUUACUCAAAAACAAAUCGCCGCCUUUACUGAUCGUUAAAGGAAUCGAAAGAAGACCUGAUGGAUAUCGAGUGACAAUCUGUCGACCUCGAUGUGAACACGACGAACAAGAGGAUGAAUCAUUGAAGCGCUUAAAAAGUGUUAAUGAUCAACAACGAAAUAGCGCUACCAAUAAAUUGACGUCAAAGUCAUUUUCAUCCACCUCAAAACAAUCUCAAACAAACGACCAUGAUCAAUCGAAUCUAACUUCGCACAUCUCCAGUCAAGACAUCACCAAUGAUGGUCUCCUCAAAGCUAAUAGAACAUUCAACGUCCAAGAAAUAACACAUUCAAAAACUGGUUUUACUGAUGAAAGCGAUCGUAAUGCUUCAACUACAGAGGCUGUUCCGAGCAGUAACCAGGAAUUUGCAGCAGCCGACAAUAAGAGUGGGAAUAUUCAGGCAGGAACGAAAGUAAUACAGUUACCAAGCAAUGGUGAAUGGAUUUUGGCCACAUGGUCAGCCUGGACAACAAAUAGGUGGUCAUCAUGGUCACAUAGUGAAUGGUCAGAAUACGAUGGUGGUGCCACCCAGAAUGGAGAAACAAGCAUGAGCGAUCCAAAUACUCGUGUUCGUUUCAAGAGCACUACUUCCGACGUUGCAAAAAACGACAAAAAUUGCUGCAAUAAUAAAAACGAUGAGCCUGAAACUGAUGAUAACAGUAGCAACAGCGGUGUCAUAAUGAAAACUUUAGAAUCUCUAGGAAGGUUACUGAAACAAGCGAUAAGUAAAGAGCGAGAUCAACAACAAGAAGAAUCGAAUGCAAACCACCUAGGUAAUGAUGGUGGUGAGGAUCGAUCGAACGGAACUCUCAAAAACGAUUUAAUAAGCAGCAUUCAACAACGAGCAUCGGAACAAAAUGGCGAACAGAAAGAAGAAAUACGUCAAUCAGAUGGCACAAAACACACUGAGCGUCAACUAUCAAAUACGAUUACAAACCAAAACAAAGGUGCUGACGUAACUGCUGAAGGGAAAACGAUACAAAUCGAUAAUCGAAAUGAGAAUACACUCAAAGUGAUUAUUGAGCAUGAAAACUUGAAAACAGUCAACGUUGAUAAAGAUGAUAAUCGAGGUGACGUAAGAUUAUCAUCGAAUAAAGGUAACAUUGUAAAAGAAAAUGGUAAGAACGCUAAGUUAACAAUAUCAACUUCACCACCACCAUCCAAUACUUCUUCAGUAUCAGAAAGAGAAUUAAUUUCGAAACAUAUUAUCCUUUCAAGCAACAACACAUCAGCUAAAGCCGAAUCACCUUCAGCUGCUACUGUACCAAUAACAGCAACAAAGAAUACAAACGCAAAAUCCUCAGCAACUAAUCGUUUGGACAAAAAAAGUCAUCAAAAUGAACGAGUUCACGAGGACAACAUCGAAUUGGUUACCGAUAAACCCAAGUCCAAAUCAGCUGCUAGCAACACGCUUGAUAAUGACAAAAAUAAAAAGAAAGAGACAGAACGAACUGCGAGCAAUAGUCAUCAACAACCACAGCAAACAAUACCAACAACGAUGAAUCCAACCAAAACCACUCUGAAAGGUCGUAAACAAGCUGCAUCCGAUGAGCGUCAAUCACCAGAGGACGCCUCGAUGACAAAACGAACACGAAUCACAUCCAGUGAUAUGAAUAACAGUCCAAACAAUAAUGAUAAUAACAAGCAAACAUCCAACGAAACUGCAACUGACAAUGUAAACGUCGAAAAAGAGGAUAUAAAUGUUAUGAAUAUUAUCAAUGAUACGAUACCUUCCGAAAUGAUCUUCAGUGGAGGAGAUAAUGUGGAAAAUAGCACAAAAAUUACGAUAAAAGAAGCUGCAGAACAACUGUUGGCUGAACUGACAACUGGUGGUGGUGGUGUUGGCGCGACUGGCGCUGAGGUUGAGGCACGAGCACGACAAAAUAAGUCUGAGCCUACGACCGCGGCUGGAACUGUACCACCAAUUCGAACCGAAGAUCUCGCAGUUGAGGCCGCAGCUAGAUCAGCCGGAACGCAACCUGCUCCAACUGGGACCAAACCUGCUCUAGCCGGAGAUGAAUCUGCUUCAGCGGUUGCUAAACUAGCGGCCGAUCCAGCAAAAUCCGGUACUGCUGGAGCAGCACCAUCAAUUGAACCAGUAGUCCGAGCCGCAGUUGCAAGACUUCAAGCGGCAGACGCCGCUAAAGGUGGUGCAGCAGCCGGGAUGAACUGCUUCAGUGCGGAUACAAUGGUACAAACGCAGAAUGGUUUAAGACGAAUGAAAGAAGUGGAAGUUGGCGAUUACAUUUUGGUGCCUGCUGCUGGGAAUGUGCUAAAAUACGAGCGAGUCGAGAUGUUCUACCACCGUGAACCAGAAACACGCGCUAAAUUUGUCGAAUUGAAAACCGCAAGUGGACGCUCGUUGACUUUGACGGAACUUCAUUUGCUGCCAUUGGGGGAAUGUGAGCAAAUGCGAAGUAAAUUACUCACGGUGGGAAGUAUCGAUGAGUGGCUACGAAAAUCCAGAUUCGCUUACAAGGCUAGACGGGGUGAUUGCGUGCUUGCAGUCAGUCAAACUGGACAACUGUUCGCGGAUCCCAUCACAAAGAUCGGUCGGAGAUUGCUGAAAGGAAUUUAUUCACCGAUAACCGUCGAAGGCUCAAUAGUGACCGAUGGUGUGCUAGCGUCAUGCUUCUCACAAGUCGAAAGUCAUUUUGUGCAAAAGCUCGUUUAUGAUUUCAUGAUGCUGUUCUAUCGAACAUUUGAUUAUUGUCAUUUCCUUCAUUUCAUUCAAUGGUCCACUUCUUUGACACAUCCCAUACAACAUCUACCGUCAUUUAUUCAAUUCAUUCAUCACAUCAGUCGAUACAUUGUUCCGUUUGCUAAAUACUAA